CUGUACAGUUGCCUUGAUUUCACCAUCUUUGUUGACACGUGCUUCGAUUAUUUGCUUAGUUGCACAGCGGUGAGUAGGGCCUAGCAUAGGUGAGCCGCAUGCGGGUUAAAGAGCAGAAAUGAUUUCAGUUGCAUUCUGACUGCAUGAACGGAAGUUUCUCCAUUCUCCUUGACAUAGAGUAGCCUACUUUUGUGUGUGUGGUGGGCGGGAAAUGUCAUACAGUUCCGACAUGUCUGUAAAGGAUAAUUAUUACGAAGGAGACCUAAAUAGUUUACCCGACGACUCCAAUGUUGUCCAACGUUAUUUAUUACAACUGAGACAGAGGGCACAGAAAGACGUCAUCGACCCGCAGGACAGGUUGAAUUGGUCGGACAGUUUUCUAAUAAAGUUUCUGAGAGCGAGAGACUUUGAUGUUGAGCUGUCACUGAAGCUACUAAUUAAUUACCAGCGUUGGAGGAGAGAGUGCCCAGAGAUCAAUGCCAACCUGCACCCGUCCUCUGUCCUGGGACUCCUCCAGAAUAACUACCAUGGAGUGCUGAGGGACCGGGACCUCAGUGGCAGCAGAGUGCUCAUCUAUAGGAUAGGUCAGUGGAACCCUAAAGAUUUCACAGCUUACGAGGUGUUCCGUGUCAGUCUGAUCACAUCUGAGCUGAUCGUCCAGGAGACCGAGACCCAGAGGAAUGGACUGAAGGCCAUCUUCGACAUGCAGGGAUGGUGCUUCGCUCAUGCCCUACAGAUCAACUCCUCCCUGGCAAAGAUGAUGUCCUCUGUGCUCACGGACUCGUUUCCUCUGAAGGUGCGAGGGAUCCAUCUGAUCAAUGAGCCCAUAUUCUUCAGACCCGUCUUCACCAUGAUCCGUCCAUUCCUGACUGAUAAGAUCAAACAGCGGAUCCACAUGCAUGGCAGUAAUUUCAAAGAGACGCUGAGUGGCUUCUUCUCCAAAGACAUCCUCCCCCAGGAGUACGGGGGAAGCGGCCCCUCCAUGGAGGAGGUUUGUCAGGAGUGGACCUCCCACAUUCUGCAGUCUGAGGAACGCCUCACCCAGCUCUCCACCUGCCCUGCAGGAGAUGAGGUCACCCCAGACCCAGACCCAGAGACAGAACCUGACCCUGACAGCCAGUCUGCCUACAGCUCCUGACUCCAAAUGGACUACACAUCCCAGAGUGCAUCUCAAUGACAAACCACACAACUCGUAGCAUCCUUCUGAAGUGGAUGGGGUGCACAUCUUCAGCUCUCGAGGUCCAAGAUUAUAUGCAAGUUUACUACCAGUUUCCUGGUUAUUAAGUUUGUCAGUUGAUGAUGGUAGGACCAAAUGCUCAAAAGAAUUGAGUACAUUGUGUUUGGAAUUAGACCUAGACUACUUUUCUCUAUCUCCUGUUUUAUGGGUUUUAAAGCAUAUUAGCAGUAUACAGCCAACUGUCUGUUACCAUGUGUUAGAACUAAGACCAAGGUUAAAGAUGUAUGUUUUAGCUAUUUGUUCAAUUUUGUGAAUGUCUACUGUAUUAGAGACUUGUAUUUUUAUACUAUAAUUGGUGUUUUAAUUAUGAAGAUUAAAGGUCAAUUCCACCACUUUUCAACCUCAUUUACAUUAUCUUCAGCACAAUGCCAACAUGUGAAAACGGCACAUUUCUACAUUUUGUAGAAAGAAAAUCUAAAGUUCUAGCCGAUUACAUCUGAGAUCCGCAGUGACGUGGGGAGCAUGAAAAUACCCUCCCUCUGGCUAGAAAUACUUUACAAGUUUUGAAAAACACUUUUCACUCUACCCUGUCACAAGCUAGGUUUCUAUCCAAUUUGCAAGAGAUGUUCAUGCAAAUGUUAUCAAAUCUGCAUUAAACAAAUAUGCCCAUUUUCCCACCAAAGGUUUGUUUCCAUCAAAACAGACUUGUUGCAGAGAGAAGGCUGUCCGUGAUGACGUAGUGCACAUAAACACUUUUGCGCUAAAGAUCUCAUGUAUCAGAUUUUAAAAAACAAAUUCAAUGUAUUUGCAUCGCAUUUUCCACUCUAUGCAUGGUUUUGUUUUGUCACACAAACUCGUGAUGACUGCCAAACUUGUCCAAUCUAAAAAUU